UGACUUUUAUAUUGCGAAGCUGACUUUUAAAUCUAGACAUCUAAAUUUUAAUCUACGAAGCUUUUUAUUCGAUUUCCUUUGCUUUUAUGUUUGUUAAAGGAGAAACAGGAGCAAUAUUAUUAUAUUAUUAUCCGCUUUGUUAAUUUGGAAACGAAAGGACUUUCACUCUGAAGGACGUAAAACGUAAUUUUCAUCUCUGUUUGGAUAGCUAACUGAUUAGAAACCGUGAAAUACAAAUUGCCUUUUCGAAAGCAAGGUGUAUUUUUACUUGAAAGUUUUUCCUAGAGAUUUUAUAGAACGAUACAAAAAAAACUUUUUACUACUUAAGACGUCUCUAAAAAGAAAAAGAGUUUAUCCGUUAUCGUGCAGGAGAAAUCAAUAAUAAAACUAUAACAUCCUGUUUAAACCAAAUGGUUGAACAAUGUAAUAAAACGAGUGAUUUUGGAGAGGGGAAUUGUGGUGUGAUCCGUGUUAGAUGAUCUCAACAGUUCGACAUCUCUAUCGGAAGAGAUAAGACUCCUUUAUUAGCAUGUUAUCUUGUCCAUGGAUUGUUUUUCUCACAAAAAACUGGUAAUCGUUAUACGCCAAAUUGUUUGAAAGAGUAUUACGUACACUCUGGUUGUGUUCACACUUCUGAAGGAACGUAAAACGCCAAAAUGGAGUGGGAGAAUAUAAGUACUACAUUUUUUCCUGUAAACCUGACGGAAAUUGACGUCAUCGAUGUCGCCGGGGAUGACGCUUCUGUUGUUGAAAAGCUAUACCUAUACAUCACAAUAAUUUUGGUUUCACUAUGCUGUGUGUCCGUAGCUGUCAAUGUAACAAUAUUGCUUUCAGUCUGUUGGAUAAGAAGACCUAUAAGCCCAACUCUUCACAUUAGUUUAUCUCUCGCCGGAUCCGACCUGUGGUCGAACACUCUUAUUGGGAUCGCGUUGAUAUUCAACAGUUUGUUGCCAGUUGUCUACCACAUCCAUCCGCUUAGCAUAUGCCAGCUGUUGGUCCUGGAAGCGUUUAGGAUGGCUGGGAUGUACACUACCAGCGGCCAUCUCCUAGCCCUGGCUGGAAAUCACUAUCUGGGAAUUCGGAAGCCUCUGCAGUACCCAGCACUGAUGACGAUGCGCUACAUCUGCGUCAUCGAGGUCCUUCUAUGGGUCGUGCCGCCUGUAUCAUUCAUUACAUAUUUCUCUGUAAUUGCAGACGAUGGAUUCAGCGUGGCCGAAUGCGACUUCAAGUUUAUGAUCCAUACAGAAUUCAGGAGCGUCUGUUCAUACAUAUUCCUCGGAAGUCUCGUCCUGAUGGCGGCCAUCUACAUUCACAUAUAUCUUCUCGUUAGAAAGCAUCAGGCGAACAGGAACAAAUUCAGGAGGGCUGGAUCAACCUACUCGAGAUCCUCACAGAUGGCCGAAAAUCAUCAGAAUCAGAGGAGAAACGAGAAAGCACUGUGCACGACGCUUCUAAUAGUCGGUUCGAUGCUCCUGGGCUGGCUUCCGGCUACCAUUUAUUUCUACUUUGUCUGCGAAGACUGCCUAGUUCCGAGAAACUGGGGGACGCCCGUCUGGAGGAUAAUAACGAAUUUCAUACUCAAUUUCCUUCUCAUUCUAAAAACGGCCAUCAAUUCGUACAUUUACGCAGCGAGAAUGAAAGAGAUCAAGGACGCAAUGAGGAAGAUGCGGAACAACCUUGUCAUAGUAUGUUGCUUAAUUGGCCACAGGGACAUGAACGGGCACAGUUCCACUGCUUCGAGGCACUUCGUCAGCCGGACGUCAAUGAGGAGCAGUAAAAGAACAGUCUUGUACAGAAUGAACUCGAUCCCGAGGAUAGAUCAGCCCAAGGCCAAAGCAAAUGACCAGUACAGUCAUCCGACACAGCUCUAGAUCUUCCGUCCGCCUCAAGUAGGCGCUUUUCAAUUGACAACAGCCAGCAUUGAUACUAUUAGAUUUGACAUGGUGAACUUUUACAACAGGCGAAAGU